AUGAAUAAUUUAGACUGUUCUGAUGAUGCUACAGUGAGGGCAAAAGCAGCCCUCUUAAUUCUUUAUCUGGGGGUUGUCUCUUACAGCGGCUACUGGCACUUUAACAAAAAGAACAGACCAAGAGGGCGCCGCCAAAGGACUCAGGUGCCCGCUAAUCCGGCCUCUUCCGGGAAAGUCGACCGCAAGACCAGUCAUAAGGCAUCAUGGGAAAUGCAGUUUCUCCUUGAGUCGCUCUCUCCUAGUAACUCCUUGCUCUUGAGGAUGAGGUGGACUACAACUCCCAGAGGGCCAAGCGGGAGCAGCGGGGCCCUGUACCUUCGCCGCGGCUGGGCGGCUAGUUCAAGUUGCCAUAGCUGCGAGUCUGGGGAGAGCGGAAUCGGUUGCGUCGCCGCGUCUGGUCAGUUACACCUUCUUGGGUCGCCGGUGGCCGCGGGAGCCGGGUGGGGCCUCGGCAAUGACCCAGCGUUAAGGACCUGGGGUCCUCUUCUAGUUCAGGAUUUUUGUACAUCAAUGGCAGAAUCCUCCAGCGAUUCAGACCACUUCUGCUCUCGUGACCGAUUGAGUCGAUGGGCUGCCAGUUCAGUACACAGGGAAGUUCGACAUCGUCCUGCUGUGGGUGUCACGGAGAAGGUCAACACGAUCACCAGUACUUUACAGGACACCAGUCGGAACCUGCGACAAGUCGACCAGAUGCUUGGACAUUAUCGAGAAUAUAGUAAUGGACAGGCGGGGGCUAUAGAACAUUUAAAAGAAAGCUUGGAACAAUCGAUAGGCCAAUUGCGGAGUCAACGCUUGUCGAGAAACUUAGGAGGGAGAAGUAUUUCUGUUACAAGUCUGAGUACAAGUGACCUUGAUGGUGGCACUGUGACAGAGAGCUACCGCUUUCAACCUACCUCGCCUCUCAAGGACUAUGGGGAUCAACAGGGUAUUAAACGAAAUAAGUCCAGACCUGGUGUCCGAUUUGUUCCGGACACUGAUGACGUGGGCCAGUUUCAUGCUUUUCAUCAGUCCCUCCGAGACCUCAGCAGUGAACAAGUUCGCCUUGGAGAUGAUUUCAACCGGGAACUUGCCAGAAGAAGCCGGUCGGAUGCUGCAACAAGAAGGGCUUUGGAAGAACUGACUGAAAAACUUAAUGAAGCCCAAAAACAAGAUGUGGUUUCAGAUCGAGUGGAGCGGCGGCUUCAGGAAAUAGAGAAAGAGAUGCGAACAGAAAGAGAGCUGGUGGAAAGACGGCAGGAUCAACUGGGACUUAUUUCUCAGCAGCUCCAGGAGGCGCUGAAGAAACACGAAGCUAAAGCAGAGGAGAAUGAAGAAGUGAAGCGUAAGCUGAGGCAGACGGAGAGUGAGGAGAGGAAACUUCAACAGGAAUUGGAGCUAUCUCGAAGGUUACUGAAUCAGUCAGAAGGCAGCAGAGAAACACUUUUGCAUCAGGUAGAAGAACUCCGUACACAGCUUAUGAAAGCAGAAGGCGAUCCAAAGAGUUUACAUCAUCAAGUAUCUCAGAUUUCCAGGCAACAGUCAAGCCUUCAGGAUGAACAGGGAGAUGACUGGAGGUUUAGGAGAGGGGUUGAGCGAGAGGAUCUGGAGAAGCAGAUGUCAGAUUUGAGAGUGCAGCUGAACUUCAGUGCAAUGGCUUCUGAGUUAGAGGAAGUGAAGCGGUGCUUGGAGCGAAAAGACAAGGAGAAAGUGCAUUUGGCAGCCCAAGUAGAGAAUUUAAGCCAUGAAUUGGAGAACAGGGAAAAACAGCAGUUGGAGAUGUUGGAUGAACUGAAGGAGAUCCAGAAGCACUUUGAGACGUGUGACGCCAAACGCAAGCGAGCUGACCUGCAGCUCACGAAGCUGACUCAGCACGCCGAGGAGGCCACCAAGCAGGCCGAGCAGUACCUUCUGGAGCUCCAGCAGUCUGAGGGCCUGAGACAGGAGGCAGAGAAGAGGAGAGAGGAGCUGAAGCUGAAAGCCCAGGAGUCCAUUAGGCAGUGGAAGCUUAAGCAUAAGAAGAUAGAACGUGCGCUGGAGAAGCAAUCUGAAAGUCUCCAUCAACUGUCAGACAAGAAUAAUCAGAUUUUAAAAGAAAAGGAUGAACUGAAAGGCCAGCUUUAUGCAGCGCUGCAACAAAUAGAGAGUCUUCGAAAGGAAUUAAACGAUGUGCUGACCAAGCGUGCCCUUCAAGAAGAGGAGCUUCAUUGUAAGGAGCAGAAGCUAAGUGAUGUUAAGUCUCAUCAAGCUGAUCUUGAACUGGAAGUCAAGGAUUCCCUGGAUACCAUCCAUAGGCUAGAAAGUGAAUUGAAAAAACAGAAUAAGAUUCAAAGCCAGUUGAAAGCUGAGAAAGCUCACCUGGAGGAACAGAUUGCAGAGCUGAAGGAGAGCCAGGCCAAGGACAAAGCUCAACUUCUUGAGAUGCAAGAGUCCAUCAAGGACUUGAGUGCCAUCCGGGCAGACCUCGCAAAUAAAUUGGCGGAGGAACAAAGAGCCAGGAAAGAGGUCCUCAAGAACCUUUCUGACCUCAGGACACAAGCAAAAUCUAAAGAUGAGGAAACAGCUACAAUCAUUACUCAGUUAAAGCUCGAAAGAAACAUUCACCAGAGGGAGCUGGAAGAUCUCACAUCAUCUUUGCAGAGUGUGAAAACGAAACACGAACAAAAUAUCCAGGAGCUGAUGAAGCACUUCAAGAAGGAAAAGAGUGAGGCUGAGAAUCAUAUUAAGACCCUGAAGGCAGAAAGCUUAGAAGAUAAGAAUAUGGCUAAAGUCCACCGUUGUCAGCUGGAGAAGCUGAAAUCACAGUAUGACAGACUGACAGAGGAAUUAACCCAGAAUGAAAAUGAGAACAAAAAACUAAAGCUAAAGUACCAGUGUUUGAAGGAUGAACUAGAAGAAAAGGAAAAACAUAUAACCAACGAAGAAGAAAACCGUAGGAGGAUGGAAGAGGCCAGAUUGCAGCUCAAGGAUCAACUUCUUUGUCUGGAGACGGAACAGGAAUCCAUCCUUGGGGUGAUAGGAAAGGAAAUUGAUGCAGCUUGUAAAACGUUCUCCAGGGACUCAAUGGACAAAUUGAAAGUUUUUUCAUCUAGUCCUGAUAUUAAUUAUGACCCACAUCGCUGGUUAGCAGAGAGCAAGACUAAACUUCAGUGGCUCUGUGAGGAACUGAAAGAGAGAGAAAACAGAGAGAAAAGUCUACGGCACCAGCUGAUGUUGUGCAGACAACAACUCAAGAAUAUGACGGAAAACAAGGAAGCUGAGCUUCAGUGUCUUUUUGAACAGAUAGAAAGACAGGAGCAACUUCUGGAAGAAGUACACCGAGAGAAGAGAGAUCUGCUGGAGGAGACUCAUAGAAAAGAUGAAGAAAUGGAAUCUCUGCAGGACCGUGUAAAUGCCUUAGAAACGAGUACCCGAGUGGCUUUGGACCAUCUGGAGUCUGUGCCUGAGAAGCUGAGCCUACUAGAAGAUUUCAAAGGCUUCCGAGGUUCCCGCAGUUUAUCCGACAGAAUUGAUGAAAGAUAUUCGAAAUACCGAGUUCACAGAGAGUCUCUUCAGCAGUGCCAGGAUGACCCCAAGCACAGAAUCCAAAGCUUCAAAGAUGACAGAAACUUUGCUGAAAGCUCCCAUGCUCAUGGGUUAGAUCAGUCAUCUUGUUGGCAGGAUCAUAGUCGCUUCCUGUCUAGUCCACGAUUUUCCCACUUGAACUCCUUUACCCAAAGAACAGUUGCUCCAGACUCACCUUCAAUCAAGGAAGAUGCCCCAAGUUUACUGAUGGAUGGAAGAAGUCCACAACCCAGAAAGGAGGAAUACAAAAGCAAAAACAGCAAAAUGUAA